AUGUCGACGGCGAUCAGCUCACGACCCACCAGACGACAGUCUAUGAUGGCCUUUGCACAGACUGGCUUAGAUACGAGCAAUGCGGGGCCAAGGCGCGGCUCGUCAGACAGCCAGGCUCCCUCCGAACCGACAUCAAAGUCGACUCACCUUGCCAACGCUAUAACCUCGCUCGAGCACUCUCAUAUAGUGCAUCCAGAAGAGCUCAGUCCGACAUCCUUUUCGAAUGGGAUGACAGGCGCGGUCGCGCCCAAAUGCGGUGGCUGUCAACUCGCGCUUGAGGAGAAUUCAGAAAACAUCGUCGUCAGUUUCGGAGAUGGCCUGUGGCAUCUUGACUGGCUAUCUGUGCCGCUUGCGACGAGUAGCUUCAGUCGAUGCGCAAAAUGCGGCAACCUGGUCGAACACGAUACCAAUCUUUUGCUGCUCUCAAACGGCUCGCCAGUAUGCGAGAAUUGCUCAUACAUCUGUUCCUUCUGCGGCCAAGGCAUCUCGAACGAAGCUAUCGUCACAGGUGAUGAUUCAUAUCACGCAGAAUGCUUCAAAUGCCGAUCGUGCUCAAACAAGAUCGAGGAACUCGUCUUUGCAAAGACAUCGCAAGGCAUCUACUGCAUGUCCUGUCACAACGAACGCGUCUCUCGCAGUCGCAAGCAUGCCGAACAAAAGCGCCAGCGUAAUCUGCGCAGGCAAUCUCAAAGUCUCGGACCGUCACGCGAGUCCACUUCUCAGCCAAAGUACAGCAGAACAUAUUCAGAUCAUUCCUCCGGUAGUAGCAGCCAGCCGAACUUGGCAGCUUUGACGUCCGAAGCGCCUUCGCCAAAGGUCAAGACGAAGUCAUCUUUCAGCUCGAAGACGAACGGCGCACCGCAGUCAAGUCUGCGUCCUGUGCCCGGUUCGAGCGGCGACGAAGCGUCUUCGCCCGGCAGUGCAUCAUCGCAUCGAGCCUUAGACCAGACAGGCAGAUUUGUCCCACACUCAACGGGUAGCAAUCAUGCAUGGCAAGCGAGGGACAUCAGUACGUCUAGCCAUAAGUAUGCAACAUCGGCCUCGCCGCAGCCUAUCGAGCGCUCAGCCUAUUUCACGUCAGCGAGCCCCGUCCAGAGCGCAAUCGUCGAGGCGCAUCAGAAGAGCCCACCAGCUCGCAAUGCGUCGAUGCCCAGUCCCGAAGUUCACGUCCGUUACUCGAGUAUUGACGAAGAACAAGACAAGUUUGACCCGACUCAGCUGAGCGGCUACGGCAAUCUGUUCGAUCGUCGUGUGGAUCAGGAAGAGACGCGCAACGCACUCGAGAAUGGUCUGCAGUCCCCUACGCUAUUGCAAGCCCAGGGAUCGAGCAACAAAGCAAGUCGUCGUUCCGGCUUCUACGGGCAUUUUCAGCCACCCACGACAGCCCAGACAGCUUCACAAUCCUCGCAAGAUGGCAACAACUCUGACAGCAAGUCGGCCGACGCAGCUAGCUCGCCUGCUCUGACUCCGCCGCCAAGGCCGAAGCGCUCGAGCCGAACCAAUGUACUGCCAGAGUCAAUGUCGUUCUACGAUCCGGACAUGCUUGUCUUCUUAGACGCUGUCCAUUCACCCAAUUCUCCCGCAAAGCAACGCAUACCAAGUCAAAGCGGCGUGCCGAACGGUUUUGCGUUGCCACAUCCCAUUCCAGAUAGUCCCACCUCCCCUACUCAAGCAUCAUCGGCUGGUCACGAGCGAGCCCCUGACCACGUAGAGCAUCUCAGUCCAGACCCCGGCGCUGAUGGCCUGUUUGGCGCUGCUAGCGGCGAGGACAGUGCAGACGGCGGCAAGCUUGGCUCAGAUACCCUGACGAGACGAGUACGCGAGUCAAUCAGAAGAUCGCGCGGUAGCAUGCGUACAGGUUCCGCGGAGAUGUCGGUCGAUGUGACGCUCGUAGAGAUGCUCUUGACCGAGCUUGAGGCGACCAAAGAGAAAAUGAAGGAGCUCAAGGCGAAUUACGGUGCAAUCCGUCGAGCCAGCCGAACAGCCUUCGAAGGCUUCAAUCUGGCCCAAGAAGAGUACAACAAGGAAGUUUCAGCGCGCAGGGAAGCGCAAGCUCAGAUGUCGCUCCUGAAAGAGGAGAUGAAGAGUCAGGCAGCCCGACUGUUCAAGAUAGACGAGGAACAGAAAGAGCGAGAAGCACUUCAGCGUCAAUCGCGCGAGCUCCGUGUCGAUGUUGAAUCUGUCGAGCGUAAGCUGUCAAGCCUGCAGGCGGAGCGAGAGAUUGCCGUUGCCGAGAUCGAGGAACUACAGAGCGACAAUGACAGGCUGCAACUACCACAGGCCAAGGAUCGUCUCGCAUCAUCCCUGAACGAGCGUCUGGAUGAAGUUAAGAAUCAACAUCGCACAGAGGUGGCCGAACUCCGACUACAGCGUGACAUACUGCAGCGCGAGAUCGCUGAACUCGGCCAGACAAAAACCGCACUCGCGGAGCAGAACAACGAUCUGCGAGCUAGGAACAUGACCUUGCUCGAGGCGAACACUUCUGCUCAGCGACAUCUCGAUCAGGCUCAGACCACACUACGGCGCCUUCAGGAUCAGGCCAGCACUGCUCAGCAGCAAAAUGGAACGAUCACGCCCAAGAAUCGACACAUCCUGGUACCUUCGAUCAGCAGUGUAUCUUCUGCCUCUACCGAAAUGUCUCGAGAUGGUACAAUGGUCGUGAGCUCUGUGCAGACGAUCGAACCUGUCACAGCAACCGCUCGCAAAUUUAAGUGGGGCAAACACAAAGCAGGCGCAGACUCAAGGUCUCUGCCGGCAGGCAUGCGCUUCAAUUCUAUUGAGGUUGGCCGACAACAUACCUUGCAGCCUACCAGCAUUCUCCGACCUGUCAAGUGCGAACACUGUUCGGAUAAGAUGUGGGGCCUCCAGGAGCUGCGAUGCUCAGCUUGCGGAGUCUAUUGCCAUUCAAAAUGCGCGCCCCAUUACAACAUUCUGUGCAAUUCCGUGAGCGAGGAGCCGGGCGAGGCAAGCCCAGCGCCUGUACUGUUCGGCGGCGAUUUAGUCGUCCAGGCAAGGAAGGAUGGUAGCACUGUGCCCAAAGUCGUUAGUAGGUGUAUCGAAGCGGUCGAGGCGAUCGGCAUGGACGUGGAGGGUAUCUAUCGCAAGACAGGCGGUAGCGGACUCGUCAAGCAGAUCACCGCUGCAUUUGAGCGAGGCGAAGAUCCAGACUUGGCGAAUCAAGAUAUCUUCCAUGACGUCUCGGCCACCACUUCUGUCCUCAAGAACUACUUCCGCGCGUUGCCGAACCCGCUGUUCACGUUCGAGCUCAACGAGGAGAUCCUCGCGACGACUGAUAUCCGGCCGCUCGAUGCCAAAUUAGAGGCACUCGGCAGGUUACUGCGCGCUCUACCGGAGCCUCACUUUGACACAGCGCAGAUGCUCGUCAUGCAUUUACAUCGAGUGUAUCAACAAGCGCAGCAGAACAAGAUGACGCCACAGAAUCUGGGCGUCGUGUUCGCACCAACGCUGCUUCGCUCGGAGGAUCCGAACAAGGACUUUUCAGAGAUGGGUCAAAAGUGUAAAGUGGUCGAGACCUUGGUUGAGCAUGCUCCCAAGCUCUUUUCAUGA